AUGGCGAGGGCGCCGUCACGAAAGGGGACGAUUUGCGAGGGGUCGUUCAGGCCGCGCCCGAGUGGCCCCCCGCCGGCCGCCGUCGUCGUUGCCACUUCGCCGUGGCCAAGCAGACCCUGGCGAGUCCCAGACACGAUCGAGGCGCUGUGCGCUCCGGGGCCUGCUCUCGCCAGCCAGGCGGUGGGGCGGCUGGUGGCGCAGAGGGUGGCGGCGCUGGACGGCUCCCAGAGGGAGGCAGAGGCCGCCCGCGACCACGAGGCCGCGCAGAGGCGGCAGCAGGCCGCCGCGUGGGAGCAGGAGCGCCUCCUCGAGGACUGGGAGCGGCGAACUCUGUGGUUGCAGGACGCUGCCAGGAAGGCCGAGGAGGACAUGCACGGCCUGCAGGCGGCGCUCGGGGAGCAGGAGCAGCGCGCGGCGGGCGCGGAGGCCGCCGUGGCCGCGGCUGGCGCGAGACUGUCCCAGCUGGAGUCCCUGCUGGAGGGCCUCGAGAGGCGGACCGCGGACCUGGGGCGCGCGAUCCGCGAGGCCAAUCAAGGCGCGUGCGGCCUCGCCGCCGCGGUGGACGCCCAGUCCUGGCGCGCCGCCGACUGCAACCGGGCGGCGGAGAGGGGCCGGAGGGAGAAGGACGACCCCAUCUGGGCGGCCCUGCGGGAGCUGCAGGAGCUCGUGGUCCACGAGACGGAGCACCGCGCCGCUGGCUUGCGCGAGGUGCUCAGCGUGCUGAGCAGGAACAUCGAGCAGGUCCGGGCGGAGCAGGCGGCCGAGCGGAGCGCCGCUGUCGCCGGCGGCGCCGGCGCGGCGGGCACCGCCUGUAGCGGCCUGGAGGCGUGGGCGUGGGCUGUUCCGCGGGAGGCGUGCCCUGUAAUGCCACCGAGUGCUCCAGGCUGUGCGAACAUUGCCCUGGGCUCCAGCGAUGCCAGCGGUUCCCAGAGACUCGUCUCGGGCGGGUGCCUCGCGUGGUUUCGGUGCGGCUCCCGCGCUGGACGGCCACGUGAUCCUGAGCUGUCGAGCGCUCCCGGUCCUCGAGCAUCGGUGUGCACGCUCGGAACUCUGGAUGUCCUUGCGUUGACGCUCGACAGCGCUUUCCUUCCAUCUGAUGGCUCAAGGCGGCCUUCGGCCGCGUUGCCACCAUGGCCGAGCGUAGCCACGAUGGUCCCGGGCGCGGCAUCUCUGACCGCGGUGGCAGCGUCAUGCCUUCUGUGGGGGAGCCUCGGAGCAGAGACGGUCUUGCCUGCCGUGGAAUGCGAGCUCCAUUUUUCUGCCCUCGCGGGGGGAAUGGUUUGGGGCGUGGCUGCCGACGAGGCCGCUGGGCUGCUGUACGCUGCGGCCCUUGACGGCUUCGCGUAUGCAUGGAACACCUCUGGCGCCGUGCAGAUGCAUCAGCUGGACGGCCACAACGACGAGGUGUGGCGGAUCAGUGCGCUCAGCGACGGCGGGGGUCCCCCACGGGUGGCCACUGCUUCCCUGGACGGAACGGUGAGAAUCUGGACCUUGAGUACAAGCUCCACCUCGGAUUGGACCCUGUUCGAAGGUGACUACAUGGUGACCGCGCUCACUACAUGGGGGCGACUGUUGGCACAUGGGGACAAAGGCGGCGCCAUCGUGUGGUACAGGAUACUGGAGGACAGGAUCUCGAUGGCCGGCGAGCUAAAGGCCGACACCGCCAUGAUACAGUCGCUCGCGUUCACUGAGGACGGGGGCUUGGUCGCAGCGAGCGACGAUGGGACCAUGAGGGUGUGGGACCUGGGGCGGCAGGCUCUGGUUCGGAUGUGGCGCGCGAACAACGGCAGCGUCGUUUCACUGGCUGUGGGGCCUGACGGGGCGCUGGUGACCAGCGGCUACAAUGUAGUCGGUAUCAGGGAGCCGUGGCAGCUUCAGCUCUGGGACCUCACAGCAGGCGCGAGCCAGCGGAGCACGUCCUCCACGGCGAAGUUUGGUGUCGUGACGGCUCUCGCGUUUUCGCCCUCGUCCGGCCUGCUGUACGUUGGGGCCUCGGACAGCAACAUAUACGCCGCCAGCUGCCCAGCGUGGGACGUGCUGGAGACGCUGCGGGGGCACUCCGACGCCGUCCAUGCGCUGCGCUUCGGGACAGGCGGGCGCCUUCUCAGCGGCAGCGCCAGCCACGAGGUCCGUCUCUGGAAGGGCCGAGAGACAAACUGCUCUGCACGAGGCAGCGUGGAGGCUGCGGCCAUCAGCAGGGGGGCCGUGAGCGAGCUGUGAACACAUCACCGCCUGGGCAUCCCCGCAGCUCUGGGAAUCCUAGGGCUCCGAGGACGAUCCAGGCGCGAGUCCCACAGGUCGCGCGGAGGUCUUGCCAACAUGCGUACCUUCUGCACCAACAAGGGAUCCAGAGAUUAUUGACAGGACCCUUAGCCUGUGACUCAACGGGGAUCAUCAGCUUGCGUGUCGGAUUUGUUUCAACGCGGUCAAGAUCUGUCAUCGGUGCUAUUCGCGAGGUUCUGCUAUAGUUUUUGCGUUGCAGGGCAGCGUAUUGAUGCAGAUCUCAAUUUCUGUGUUGUGUCAUAUGGGUCUGCAACGCGUUGCCUUCCUUGAGUAACCAUUCGAGCAUUCAGAGCCGAGCCAAGCGAACCAAGGUACCCUAGGGCGAAUGACACGUGUUCUGAACCCACGGUGGGAUUAAUGAACAUUGCGUUAGAUUCAGACGCAUUGCCAGCAGUUUGGAUGAGGUCAGCAUUCAUCGUCCAAGUUGGCUCGUAGUUGCAAUGUGUUCUGCCGAGGUGGAGGAGCAGGAUGUUUCCGUUCUCCAAGCGUGCCAUAAUCAUCUGCGCGGUCUCCAGGUUUGGAUUUGCUCUGCGAAUUGCCACUGUGGGCAACAUCAGAAAGGAGGAUGAGAAGGCUGAGGAGGAGCCAUGACGCAAGGUUGCCGGAUCAUAUAUGUGGGUACCCAUUUGGCGUGACGAGGUGGCGUGAGGUGUGCGUUUGUUGCUUGGAGAGUUCAUGAGCUGUCUCCUCGCAGACGUAUAGAACGGGGGAAUGGAGCUAUGGGAGGAGG